CGUUGUUGCGACUGCGCAUGUCCGUUUCAAUUACGCAACAAACAUGGCGGCGUCCACAGUGAAUACAGUCCGGACAACACUGAAAGGUAUGUACCUUUUCUCCGGCCGGUGGGUGCUCAGACAGAGCAGUCAAAGCCGGGCCGUGUGUCCGAGCCUGCGGCUGCACGUCUCCCCUGCUGCCUGCUCCAGGAUGGAGACGCAGAGGAGCGAGCAGACCCAGAAUACCGACAGAGGCAGAGCCCAGGAGGAGGUAGAGGAACCAGAGGGUCCUGAAUACAUCCCUAAGAGAAAAGCCAAGAACCCUAUGGUGAAAAUCGGCUUUGCCUGGAUUAUCGGUCUCCCUACAGGAAUAAUCAGCUUCUUCCUGGCUAAGAGACAAGUGGACAAAAACAGACUGAAACAGUUAAAGAUCAGACAGAGGAUGAAAAGAUCAAAUGAAGGCGAAUACGAAGGGAGUCGCUACCGCCAUCAUGCAGUGGAUGUUAAACUCGACCAGUAAUUUAUGUUGCAGCUGUGAUUUGCAUCGUAUGCACAGUAUCCCACACAGAGACUCUUGGAUUAAAGACUGAUCAGAACACUGAUGUAAAGUUCACCCAUGUCAGAGGUAAAUGUAUAUUUGAAUAAAAUCAUCACUGGUACAAUCA